AUGUGUCUCACCUCCAAGCGCACCAAGAACCUCGCCUGGCUUGUCCGAGAGCGAGUUCUGGACUUGGCCGAGGGCUCAGGGAGCCUUUGUCGUCUUCAUGAGCAGAAGGCCAUUAUUGCCCAGAUGUCGCCGAUGCUGCAGGGUGAAGUGUCGGAGCAGCUCGUGGACGAGUGGAUCCACAAGGUGCCCUACGUGAAGGCGAUGGCAGCAGAUGCUCUGGCUCAGGUGGCACGAAAGUUGAAGCCCCUGCUCUUCGCCCCGACGGAGGCCAUUUCCGGCGAGAGAUGCCUGUACAUCAUCCGCCGCGGUGUCUGUAUGCGCGGAGGGCGGAUUUUGGUGACCGGCGAUGUUUGGGGCAAAGACAUGAUCUUAAGCAACGAGCUCCUGCGCGACAACAACCAG